GGUUUCCAAUAUACCUGCCAGCGAGUUGUCGAGACAGAAAAGUGCCGCUGCCGCAGGAAUCCACAAAUUAAGUCCCAAGGAGAAGAGAUUAAAUUUUGAAUGGUCCAAGGAUGACAACGCUGGCGACAUUGGAGCUGGACUACUUCAGGGCGGUGUCCCUGUACCGGCGCCGUUCCUACGAGAGAUGUGCCGAAUUGUGCAACGCCCUCCUGCAGGCCGGUCACGAUGGCCAUGUCCAACUGUUUGCCACCAAAGAGGGGGAGCACAGCCACGAGGAGGAGGAGGAAAAGGCAAAGGAGCAGAACCAGAAGCAGAAGCUCCAUCAGCAACAGCAGCAGGCGGAGCACGAAAACCGCAGCAGAUUCGGUAGCAAUUUGCAACGCAUUGGCCCCAGGCCACGAAUUGGAGCUGGAGCAGGAUCGGGAGCCGGUGGUGGUGCUGGAGCUGGAGCGGAUUCGGGAGCAUCCAUCAUGAUGCCCACUUGGCUGAUGGAGGGCGUGUGGCAAUUAAAGAUGCGAGCCCUAACCCAGCGAGUCUACCUGGACGACUUGGAGGUGGACGAGAACGGGGAUGAAGCCAUUGAGGAAGUGGAGUUCGAGCGCAUUGCCACCGCUGCUCGUCCUGGCAGCAGCAUUAAGACCGCCUUUCAGCCCCGCCCCCUCACCAGCCAGCAGAGGCAGCAGCGCAGUCGGGGAUCCGGAGUGGCCCAUUCCAGUGAUGGCAGACUAAACAGCUCCAGGCCAGGAUCAGCGGCGGUGGCUCGCCCAGGCACCAGUCUCAGCCGACCGGGAUCAUCGCUGGGAGGCGCACGUCCUGCCUCCCGUUGCGGCACUGCAUCCCGGGUGAGAGCCAUUUCCGCGGCGGCCUUCAAUGUGGGCGAUGCUACGGCCAAGUUGUACCAGGCAUCCCGGCUGAAUCCAACAAUCUACGCCGAAAGGGAGACCCUGGUCAAGGCGCUGUUCCAGUUUCUCUUCUACCACGAGGCGGACGUUCAGAAGGCCUACUCGCUGUGCCAGGCCGUCCUGGAAGUCCAAAGGCAGUCCAAGAACUCUGCAUCGUGGUGGUGGCCCCAGCAAACGGGGCGAUGCCUUCUGGCACUUCACUAUCCCCGCAAGGCGGAACCGUUUCUCCAGCAAUCCCUGGCCAGCUUUCCCCAUCCGGACACUUAUUUGCUCCUCUCCAGGUUGUACCAAAGAUUGAAGCAGCCGGAAAGGGCUUUGGUUCUGAUUAGCGAGGCGGCAGAUCAGCGACCCUUCGACGUCAUCUACCGCCUGGAACAGGCCAGGAUCCACCAGGCCAUGGAGCAGCAGGAGGAGGGACUUCAGCUGUAUAGGUUGGUGGCCAAGCUGCAGCCGAUAAACAUAGAGUCCUUGGCCAGCAUUGCCGUGGGAUACUUCUACGACAAUAAUCCCGAGAUGGCUCUCAUGUACUACCGCCGUAUCCUGUCACUGGGUGCCCAUUCUCCGGAGCUCUACUGCAACAUAGCCCUGUGCUGUUUGUACGGCGGACAGAUCGACUUGGUGCUACCCUGUUUCCAGAGGGCCCUCGCCACGGCCUCCCAGCCAGAACAAAGGGCAGAUGUCUGGUAUAAUCUCAGCUUUGUGGCGGUGACCUCUGGGGACUUUAACUUGGCCAAAAGAUGCCUGCAGCUUUGCCUCACUUCGGAUGCCCAGAAUGGAGCUGCUCUGAACAAUCUGGCGGUACUGGCGGCCCAAAAUGGAGAUAUUUUGGGGGCCAAGUCGUAUCUGAAUGCCGCCAAGGAUGUAAUGCCAGAGGCUGAGGAGGUCCUUACCAAUCUUCAGUACAUGGAUGUGCACUAUAAGCUAUAAUUCUUGUUAUUUGGCAUAAAAAAAUGAUUUAAAAACCCUCAUAAAAA